GUCACUUUUCCUCAACCAAAACAUCCACAAGAAUUACAAUUUAUACAUUUUCGAUUUAUGUUUAAGAUUUAAAUAAGAAAUCAAACAAAUUCCGACUCAAUCAAGAUGAGUUUCGCUGCUCCGAAAACUCCUGUCUCCCAAAUCAUACACAACAAAGACAACCAAGAUGAGCCAAAGAAGAAAACUCGUGAAGAUUGGCGCAAAGCAAAAGAACUCGAGGAAGCCCGAAAAGCUGGUACAGCACCAGCUGCCGUCGAUGAGGAAGGCCGAGACAUCAACCCUCAUAUUCCACAGUAUAUUUCAAGUGCUCCAUGGUAUUACGGGGCUUCUGGUCCAACAUUGAAACAUCAACGUCCACAGAAAGACGACGAGGAGAGCACCGCCCUGCAAACCAAGCUGGUCAUCAAGGGAGUCGACAGCUCUAGGUUGGUGACUAAAUUCAGGAAAGGUGCCUGCGAGAAUUGUGGAGCCAUAACGCACAAGAAAAAAGAUUGUCUUGAGAGACCAAGAAAAUGCAUGGCUAAGUACGCCGAAUCAAUUGUGAUCCACGACGAACACAUUGUUGACAGCAAUGCCACGGAUUACGACGAGAAACGAGAUCGCUGGAGUGCCUACGAUCCGGCGUCCCACAAAGACAUCGUGGAUGAGUUCGAGAAGGUCGAAGAAGCGAAGAGGCAGUUGAAAGCUGACAAACUGAAGAAUAACCCAGAUGCCGAGCUGUCGGACGAGGAGAGUGACGAAGACAAGUACGUAGAUGAGGUUGACAUGCCUGGAACAAAAGUCGAUUCGAAACAGAGAAUCACUGUGAGAAAUCUCCGAAUCCGAGAAGAUACCGCCAAGUAUCUCAGGAAUUUGGAUCCCAACUCCGCGUACUAUGAUCCCAAGACACGUUCGAUGAGAGAUAACCCCAAUCCUCAGCUAAAGCCUGAUGAGGUUGAGUUCGCCGGAGAGAACACAGUCCGCUACAGUGGUGACACAACUAAGCAUUCCACGGCCCAGUUGUUUGCAUGGGAAGCUCAUAGAAAGGGAGUUGAUGUCCAUUUGCUGGCCGAACCUACGAAGCUUGAACUCCUGCAGAAGGACUACAACUUGAAGAAGGAGGACUUCAAGGCACAGACUAAGGACCACAUCCUUGAAAAGUACGGAGGCGAGGAACAUCUUCAAGUCCCACCGAAGUCUCUAUUGCUGGCUCAAAACGAAAACUACAUUGAAUACUCGAGGAGUGGCAAAGUAGUCAAGGGAAUGGAAAAAUCCCGAGCGGUUAGUGCUUAUGAAGAAGAUGUCUUUCCGAAUAACCACAAAACCAUAUGGGGGUCUUUCUGGCACAGCGGCCGAUGGGGAUACAAAUGUUGCAAAUCCUUUAUCAAAAACUCUUACUGCGUGAGUGCUAGCAAAGAAACCAUUGAGUCAAGCGAUGCGGUGGUCACACAUCCCCAGACGCAACAACGUGAACUGGAACAAGUUGUCCAAGAAGAGGAGACUGUUGUGGAGGAACAAGAAGAAGAAGAAGAAGAUGAAUCAGAGCCGGAACAAGCCGACAGUCCAAAGAAAUCAUCAAAAAAAUCAAAGAAGGACAAAAAGAAGAAAAAGAAGAGUAAGCAUAAGCGACGAGAAGCCGAGAAAAAAGAGGAAGCUAAAAAGAAGGAAGAUAAAGUGGAACUGGACGAUAGAAAGCGGGCGUAUAACAGUAUGUACGAUGUUAAAGCACCCACCGAAGAGGAAAUAGAAGAGUUUAUGAUCAAGAGGACGAGGGACGAAGAUCCUAUGUUACAGUUUAUGGGAAAAUGAAAAAUUGUUUUUUAAGUAGGGUAAUAAAGAAAAAACCAGAA